UCACGGUCGCUUCGAUACAAAGACGAGGUACCUCACCUCACCUCACCUCACCUCAUCACAUCUCCGAUCUGCACUGCUGGAUUGCUUCUUUUGCAUCGUCGUCACCACUAAAGCUCUUCACCGCAGCAUCUGCUUUCGCUAUCUGCUCGGAGUCUUCCACGGCACGGAUCCUUCGUCCUUCAUGUUGCUGUUGACCUCUACUGCUUUGUUGUGAGCGAGCGCCGGAGCAUUGCAUUACAUAUCUUUGCAUCAUAUCAGGCUAUCGUCAACACCGCCUCUGCAUCGUUCUUUCCUCCGGACCAAAGGCGACUGCAUUGAAGACAUCGCAAAUACACCACCAUCGAUCUCACUCUUCUCCAACGCCUGGCAUUUCCUCCCUUCCCGCCGCCCACCAUGGCGCCCUCAAGACAAGAAUCCUUCGCCAACGAUCCAUACAAUUGGGACCAUCUCACCGGAUGGAAGUCCUACCGCAUGGCCCGCCCAUUCCGAGGGAUGUACUACGAUGUCCGCCGUCGCCUACCAUACUACUGGUCCGACAUCACCGACGGCUUUAAUUAUCGUACUCUCGCCGCCACCGUACGCAUUUUCUUCGUCAAUUUACUCCCGGCGCUGGCGUUUCAGCUCGACAUGAUGCGUCGAACAGACGACUUCUUCGGCAUCAACGAGGGACUCUUCGCAUCUGCACUGGCGGCACUGGUGUUCAGCACAUUGUCUGCUCAGCCGCUGACGGUGGUUGGAAUCACUGGUCUGAUCUCGUUAUUCAAUUACACGAUUUACGACAUUUGCAUCGCGCAGGGAAUCAGGGAGUUGUAUCCGCAGUUCAUUGCUUGGGUCAGCAUUUGGGCGGCGAUCACGCAUUGGAUCGCGGCGAUUUUCAAUUUGUGCGAUUACAUGAGGUACAUCACGGAUUUCUCGAGUAAUUCCUUUGGCAUGUACGUGUCGAUCAUCUACAUGAUCAAAGGCGUCGAAGAGCUCGUCUCCAACUUCGACGACUCCACGCCAGCAGCCGGCUACCUCGGGAUCGUAAUCGCCCUCUGCUUCUGGGCCACAGUCUGGUGGCUCGAAAACAUGGGCGCAUCCACGGUCUUCAAACCCUGGAUGCGCAAAGUCCUCUCCGACUACGCCUACCCGAUCGCUACAAUCUUCUGGACCGGCUUCAGUCACAUCCCAGGAACCAUCAAACGCACCGACCUGCUGCGCAUUCCCGUCACUCGAGCCUUCUACCCGACCCAAGAUCGGCCCUGGCUUAUCGAGUUCUGGAACUUGCCUGUGAAGUGGGUCUUCGUCGCCCUACCGAUCGGCAUUCUCAUGACUCUCCUCUUCUACUACGAUCACAACGUAUCCUCCCUCACCGCGCAAGCAAAAGAAUUCCCGCUGAAGAAACCCGCCGGUUUCCACUGGGACUUCUUCCUCCUCGGCUGCACCUGUUUCGUCGGUGGACUAAUCGACAUCCCCCUUCCCAACGGCCUCGUACCGCAAGCACCCGUACACACCGACUCCCUCGUCGAAUACCGCGACGUCCUACAAACCUCCAAGGAGAAAUUCGACGACCCAGAAAGCGACGAGGCAAAAGAAUGGAUUCAACACAACUACAAAAAAGUCGUCGCCGAGUCCGUCCGCGAACAGCGCAUCUCCCACUUCCUCAUGGCGCUAGGUUUCGUUGGCCUCAUGACCGGCCCGCUACUCAUCGUACUGCACACCAUGCCCCUCGGCCUCUUCGGUGGAGUCUUCUUCGUCGUCGGCUGGAGCGGGAUCCCUGGCUUUAACAUCACCAAGAACCUCAUCUACUGCAUGUCCGAGCAACGUUUCGCAGACCCACAGGAUCCCAGAACAACUCUCAAGAAGAGCAGGAUCUUAUACUACACUUUCUGGCAAGUCCUCGGCGUCGCCAUCUCCGUCGCCAUCUCCCAGACCAUCGCAGCCAUCGGCUUUCCUGUCGUCAUCAUGGCGCUCAUUCCUUUACGCUGGAUCGUUCUCCCGAGGAUAUUCACGGAACAUGAGUUGAUGGUCUUGGACUCGCCGACUGCAGACUCGGAUACGGUGCUUUGCUCGCUUGGUGGCGCGCCAACGCCGCCGGAGGCAUGCCGAGGAUGA